GGGAGAAAGGAUUAGGAACUUGGUUGAAAGAUGAUAUGAGUUUUUAAAGAGUUGGGGGAAAUUUUAAAAGUACAAUAUGCAUUGAAUGCAUUUGAUGUUUUUGUCCCAUGUUUAUUAGAUAAGUUUUUGUUUGAGGUAUUUAACCAUAGAUUGCUUCUGGAAACGGAGAGCUUUCCUGCAGAUACUUGGGUGAUGGAAGGUUAAAUUUCAACCUGUGGUUUCAUUUUCUUAUAAUAUACUUAAUUUAGUGGUGGUGCUUCAGGAUUAAAGCAGUUGAGGUUCAGGAGUUGGUGGUGAUAUGAGUGGGAGGUAGCUGGGUGAAGCACUGGAUUGAGAUGGAGAAGCCAUGCCACUAUGAGAUCAUUGGGGAACUUGGCCAAGGGAGUUAUGGGACUGUGUAUGAAGCAAGACACUGCAAGAGCCAAGUUAAAGUUGCUGUGAAGAAAGUGUUGUGUAACUCUCCUGAAUCUUCAGAACUGGCUCUGCAGGAGUUCUGGGCACUGAGCAGCGUGAAGAAGAGACACCAAAAUGUGAUCUGGCUUCGUGAGUGCAUCCUGCAAAAGGAGGAGAUCAUCCAGAGGGUCAAGAAGGCUCCUCGGGAAUCAGAGAGCCAUUUGCUCCUGAUCGAGACUUGCCUGAAGGGGAAGUGUUGCUUUGACCCUAGGAUGCCCCAUGUUUUGUGGUUUGUGAUGGAGUUCUGUGAUGGGGGCAAUCUGAAUGACUAUUUGCUGAGCAGAUGUGCUGAUGGCAGGAUGAACAAUCGCUUCAUAAAACAGCUCAGUGCUGCUGUGGUGUUCCUGCACCUCAACCAGAUCAUCCAUCGAGACCUCAAACCAGACAAUGUCCUCAUUGCCAACACUCCAACUGGACCUCUUUUAAAGGUUGCUGACUUUGGUUUGAGUAAAAUGUGCCAGAGCAAAGGGAGUGUAAAUCAAAGGCAAACAUCAACAGCAUGUGGCUCUGAUUUCUACAUGGCACCAGAACUCUGGGAGGGACAGUACUCAGCCAAAGUUGACAUCUUUGCCCUCGGGAUCAUGUUCUGGGCCAUAAUUGAGAGAAUCACCUUUAGAGAUGCUGAGGUCAAGAAGGAACAGUUAGGUGUAUACCUUUCUCAGGGGCAUGAAUUGGUCCCUGUGGGAAAGGCACUAGUGGAGAAUCCCAGCCUGGAGCUUCCAAUACCUUUCAAUAAUGAAAGGACUAUGAACAAAGAUAUCCAGAAACUUCUAAGGGAUAUGCUGGCAUUUAAUCCACAAGAAAGGCCAGAUGCCUUUAGCCUACAGGCACAAAUUGAACAAGUCAUGUCUUUGGGACCAAGAUGAUUCUCCUCUGACCCACCCACAAACUUCUUGCUGAUCUUGUGGGAAGAUGAGAAUGAAUGUGAACUUAUCCAGAGAGCUGACACUGGCCUAGCUUUUAGAUAUUAUGUUGGGUGCUUACUAAUGUAAAGUCUUGGGACUUGUGCUUGGAAUUAUUUAUGUAUGGAUAUCUGGCACAGGUUGCAAUUCAUGUCUCAAAGGCAACGUUUCAAAUACUUGAGUGAAAUAAAGGACUGAAUAAGUUGUUUUAUUUUGGACCAUGAAUAAUCUUUGUCGUGAGUGUGGCUCUAUGGCUUGUUGAGUGAGUAUGGUGGUUGGGUUUUUGCACACUCCUCAAUAAUACUUUGGCUACCUGCUAACCACUAAGUGAAGGUGAUUUUUGUUUUUCUCUUUAAUGACUUAUUGUUUAUUACACAUCAGCAUAGAGCUUUACUUCACUAGAUUGAUAAACUAAUCUAGAUGUUGGAUUGUCCCCAUUCAAACUGUCUGAGAUCAGGACAGCUCUAAUGACUGAUCUUUGAUGCUGCGCACGCCACCCUUGUUCAGAUUGGUACCACUUUAUCUUCCCAAUUAUCAGAUGGAUAGCUAGCUUUUCUUUAAAUUUUUGCAGUGUAUGUACUAAGCCUUGUCACUGGUGUGAUUGUGUUGAUCUGCCUUGUACAUGGUUUUUUUUAAUCAACCUGUCCAGACUUGUAAUGACCCAUCUUUGGAGCAGGUGGGACUUGAACCCAGGCCUUCUGGCCCAGAGAUAAGGUCACUACUA